AUGACAGCCUUACGAGUAAAUAACAUGAAUAAAUCAACUUCUGGUUGUCAUAUAAGUCGAAAAGAUGACGUAAAUACCAAUAAUAUAGGAAUAGGAUAUCCUGGCGAUAAAUCUUUAUCCGUAAAAAGUGAAUUUUACUCAUCCAUUGAAUAUAUUGAUAUUCAACGUGAAGAUUUUAAAGAUGUCAAAGAAAUUAUACCUCUCACUCCGAAACCUUUGAAUUCUCCUACUUCCCCAAGAACUGUUUCUCUUGGAAAAAUAAAUCUUGCUUCGUUAAAAGGUGCUUUAAAUCGUCCUAGGAAUUCAAAGCAUCUUAAAAAGUUGAGCGAAAUGAACAUUUCUCCUCCUGAAGCAAACGAACCAAUUCUAUUUGAAUCCAAAGUUGCAAAAUGGUCUUCUUCUGCUCUUAAAAAAUCUUCAAAUAAAUAUCUUAUUUUAACAAGAAAUUCUUUAUGCGCUUUUAAAAGUGCCGAUAAAGCCGCUAAAAUAUUUGAUGGUUUACCUCUUUGUACUCUACCAAGAAAAUUAAGUGCUGAUAGUAGUUCCUCUUUAGAUACUACGAAUCAAUUGGACUCAAAUGCUAAAACUUUACCCGCUGAACACGUUAUACUUUGUCUGGCUACAAUUUUUGCUAUUACCGAACAGCUCACUCCUGAACCUCAUAUAAGGAUAGAUCAUAUGUCUUCCCUAAAAAAACAAGUUACUGUUUCUAUAACUGCUCCUGAUCUUCAAAAACAUCGUCAAUGGCUCACUGUUUUAAGAUCCGCUGUUCAUAAUGCUGGCCCAAUAGGUCCUUUAUUAACUUAUGAUCAACGAACUUGGAUAAUGAAUAAAUUAAGUUCUUUAGAUGAUUUAUCUGAUGAAAAUGAACGAAAAUUAGUGGCUUAUAGAGUAUUACUUAAAUCUUUAUCUGAUGAGGAUCAAGAUGGUCAAUCUGAUAAAGAUGCUAAAACUCCUGUACUAUUGAUAUUAGGAAAAAACAAUUUUUAUAUAAUUCCAAGUAAUUUAAGAAAUGAUGGAUUACCAAGUGAGGAUAAUCGUAAAAGUAAUGAUUACAAGAUCAACUCUACAAAAAAUUCUAAUUUAAUAAAAGAAAUCGAUUUUUGGAAAUAUAAAUAUCCUUUAUUAUGUAUCACUGAUAUCCGUUCAAAUACUCUUGAUGAUACUUUUAUGAUUAGUUUUAAAAAUAAUAUUAAUUUCUCAAAACGAACGAUUGUUAUUUCUUCUCUUUUAAGUGAUACUAUAAUAACUGAGAUUAAAUCUAUUGUCAAUUCAAUUACUUUUUGGUGGACGGACCCUUCUUACAAAUCAAAUCCUAUGUCUCCAAUUUCUCCUGUAUCUUCUCUAACGUCUCCAACCGGAAAGAUAUCUCAAGAAACUGGUAUAGGAAGAAUGAUUGAAGCUCAGUGUCAUGUAUUAAAUAUCUCUAAAUCUAGAAUAUCAUUUCAUAUCGAAUAUGUUCUUGGAUUUGAAAGUGUUCAAGUUGGUGUUGAUAAUUUACCAUUUAAAUUCGUGUUACUUCCUCCAAAAGGUGUAAAAAAUGAAACUUACACAAAUAAUGAAUUAAUGGCUAUAUUUAAUUCAUUAAAGUAUCAUCCAUUACUUUUGGAGAUUGUUUUGAGUAACAUCAAUUUAUUUGAACUUCAAAUUCAACCGAGUUCUCCAAAUAAUGAAGGAUGUAAUAUGCUUGCCACUGUAUUAUAUGGUUUAUUAAUAUCAAAUUCUAAGCUAAAAACAUUAAACUUGAGCUCAUGUGGAAUUACGAGUGAAACUAUAACUGAGAUCGGAAAUGCAUUAUUCACAGGAAAGGCUAGUUUGGAUCGAUUAAUAUUAAGUGAUAGUUCUAUAACGAGAGAAAGUGCUCAAGCAUUAGCAAAUGGAAUAAUGAAACAUUCGUCAUCAAUUAAAGAACUUGAUAUUUCAAAUUGUAAAUUAAAUUAUGAUGGCUUAAUGUUGAUACUUCAAGCACUUUACACAAAAAAACCAGAAGAACUCGAAUCAUUAAAUCUUUCAAAUAAUAUAUGUGAUGUUGAUGAAGUUAUUUUAAUAGAAUUAUUCUCAAGAUCCAAAAAUUUACGUUCAUUAAAUAUACGUAAUUGUUUAAAAUUCUUUACUGGAUCAAAACCAAUAAUUUCAUUAGAAACAUUUAAUGAAACACGACUCACUACAUUAGAUUUUGGUGGAAUUCCAUUGAACAAUAAAACACAUUUACUGUCAUUAUAUGCAUAUAUCCGAUCUCCAGCAUUUGCUAAAGUAAAAUAUUUUAGUAUUGAUCAUUGUAAUUUAGAUGGUGAAGCAUUAGCUAUAAUACUUUCUUAUAUUACUACAUCACCAAAUUAUGAAACGAUUAGAGUUUGGGCCGGAGGAAAUUUCAUUGCGAAAACACCAGCUAGUUGUAAAGAAUUUUGUUAUGCUGUGCGUAAUGAUUGGACUCCUGUUUGGUUAUCAUUGGAAAACUCUAUUAUCGGUUCAAAUGCUGAACAAGUGGUCGAAAUUUUAUCUUCAUUUUGUGAAAACACUGUUAUAAAAUACUUGGAUUUAUCAAAUCCUCAAUUUAUAUCUAAUGAAACAGUUACACAAAAUUCUCAAAUGACGACGACCAUUAAAAAAGCUUGUGAUGUUAUUGGAAAGUUAUUUAAAACGAAUAAUCAUAUCUUGGAAUUAAAUUUACGAGGCAAUUCAGAUCGAAAAUGGGGUCCUUCUUUAGGUACACAAUUACUGGAAUUAGAGGAUAAUGCUAAAUUGGAGAAAUUAAAUAUAGAGGGAAAUUCUAUCGGUGAUCAAGGUAUAAAAUCGUUAAGUGAAGCUUUGAAAAGAAAUGUGUCACUGAAAAGUUUAAGGAUCGACAGAAAUGAGAUCGGAAUUGAAGGAUAUGUAUCCCUACAUCAAGUUCUAAUAUCCCGUCAAAAUACAACACUUCAAAAUCUUGGAUAUCCAUUAAAAGAUCUACAAACUCAUAAUGAAAAUUUAGAUGCUAAAUUAACAACAACGUCACCAAUUUCGAAAACAAUUUCGAAAGCCAAUCAAAAAAUUAUUUCAGAAAAACAAAAGGGUAAUUUCAAACAAAUAAUUGAUGAAAUUAUGUUUAUCAUUGAAGAAAAUUCGUAUAAAAUGUCGAAGACAUUAUUAAUUCGACCAUCUAAGUGA